UAUUUAAACAACGUAAACAAUAAAAAAAAAAAAAAAAAAACACAAGGCGGUUGCUGAUUCAGACAAAUUAAAGAAACACCUAGCCAAAAAUUUCUAGGGUACUUCAAACAGUUGUAUGCAGCGCAGCUUUGACACUCGUGAACACAGCAGUCAGAAUCGAGGACAUGGGACCGUGAAAGUAUGGCGGAUGCCGAGGAGCCGGAGAAGAAAAGAAGGCGAAUAGAGGACCUGACUGAGAAAAUGGCUGUAGAUGGUGGACACAGGGACGGUGGUUGCGACUGGGAUGGCCGGUGGAAUCACGUGAGGAAGUUUUUGGAGAGACCUGGCCCAUUCACCCAUCCUGACUUUGAACCAAGCACUGAGUCUCUACAGUUUUUGUUGGAGACAUGCAAGAUUCUGGUGAUUGGCGCAGGAGGACUUGGAUGUGACCUCCUUAAAAAUCUGGCUCUGUCUGGGUUUCGCCUUAUUCAUGUGGUUGACAUGGACACUAUUGAUGUGUCCAACCUCAACAGGCAGUUUCUUUUCAGGCCCAAAGAUGUUGGACGACCAAAGGCAGAAGUGGCUGCUGACUUUAUCAACAGCCGUAUCCCUGGAUGUAAAGUCAUCCCUCACUUUAAAAAGAUCCAAGACUUUGAUGAGUCUUUCUACAGGCAGUUUCACAUCAUCGUCUGUGGACUGGACUCCAUCAUUGCCAGACGCUGGAUGAACGGGAUGCUGAUUUCCCUCCUGACCUACGAAGAUGGAGUCCUGGAUCCCAGCUCCAUCAUUCCCCUCAUCGAUGGAGGAACGGAGGGGUUUAAAGGAAACGCUCGUGUCAUUCUGCCCGGCAUGACUGCAUGCAUCGAUUGCACACUGGAGCUGUACCCGCCACAGAUUAAUUUCCCCAUGUGCACCAUUGCGUCAAUGCCAAGGCUACCAGAACAUUGCAUUGAAUAUGCCAGAAUCUUACAGUGGCCAAAAGAGAAGCCAUUUGGAGAUACCAGCUUAGAUGGAGACAAUCCAGAGCACAUCCAGUGGGUGUUUGAAAGAGCCCAAGAAAGAGCUGCAGAGUUUAACAUUACAGGAGUGACGUACAGACUCACUCAAGGAGUUGUGAAAAGGAUCAUUCCUGCUGUGGCAUCAACUAAUGCUGUUAUUGCUGCUGCCUGCGCCACAGAAGUUUUUAAAAUUGCUACAAGCGCAUAUAUUCCUUUAAAUAAUUACCUGGUGUUUAAUGAUGUGGAUGGACUGUACACCUACACUUUUGAAGCCGAGCGAAAGGAAAAUUGUUCAGCAUGCAGCCAGGUGCCUCAAGAUCUCCAGUUCCCUCCUUCUGCCAAGUUACAGGAGGUUUUAGAGUACCUGACAGAGAACUCCUCUCUACAAAUGAAAUCCCCAGCUAUCACCACAACUCUGGAAGGGAAGAAUAAGACGCUGUAUUUGCAGUCUGUUAAAUCCAUCGAGGAACGAACCAGGCCAAACCUCUGCAAGACCCUGAAAGAGUUGGGCUUGUCGGAUGGACAGGAACUAGCCGUGGCAGACGUCACCACACCCCAGACUGUUCUCUUCAAGCUGAAUUUCACCGCCUGAUCUUCCAUUACAACACACAGCACAGAUCUCAGAUUGACUUCAUCUGAAUACAAAUUUACAUCACAAGGUCAUGGUGAUGUUGCGGUAGCACAUUUGUUAGUAUUAUGUAAAUGAGUACGGUCUCACUUGUGGAAUAGGAUUGGUUAUUGUAUGAACAUGAAAUCUGCUAACAACACUGUUUUUUUUGUAUUCGUUAUGUUGUUUACUUCUUUGUGUAUUUGCCCUGUGUUGACUUAUAUUGUUGCUAUUUACCCAUAAGUCAAACGAGAAUAAUGAUGUGCACUAUGCGCAAAUAAAGUUUUAUUAUCAUGGUUGUAGACAAAGCCUAUUUCACCAGAUUGUUUUUUUGUUUUUUCUUCAUUUUGAAGCAACAGGCCAGCUUCACUGUUUAUCUUGAAGGAUUUUAACUGGAUUACACCCACAACACGUAGAAGACUCUAAAAAAUCUUGGGUGGAAGUCUGUUAUUAUGAUAACAUUAACAAAUCGAUAUUUGCCUCCACCAUGCUUGACAGAUGCUGUGGUUUGCUUUGCAUCAUGAGCUGUUCCUUUCAUUCUCCAUACUCUUCCCAUCGUUCUGGUACAAGUUAAUCUUGGUUUGCUCUGUCCUAAUAAUCUUGUUCCAGAGCUGGGCAGGCUUUUUUAGAUGUUCUCUGGCGGUGUCCACUCUGGCCUUUCUGCUCUUGACUGUAACCAGCGGCUUGCACCUUGUUGUGAAACCCUCUGUAUUUACAUUCAUGAAGGUGUCUCUUGAUUGCAGGCUUUGACAAUGAUACG